AUGACCAUUUCUACUGUUGCAGUCGGCGCCGCUGUUACGCCCACUGUCGUUAAAACAUAUAUCUCUCAUUAUGCGAAUCGAAAGCCCCGGCGGCAUAAACCGACUGCACAUAUCUCCUACGACGAGGGACUUCACCUGAUCCGGACCUUCCUGAAAUAUACCUCUCACCACACCGUGGAAGACUUGCAGGCCUUCACGGCUCAAUGGGUGCCCACCCCAUCCUGGGUGAGGACCGAAAAUGUCGCCAUCCCCGCCGAAAACAUUUCCAAAGCUGCACGGGCAAUCACGAGUCAACUCGGGACGGCCGGGCUUCAGCAAGUAGGAGGCUCUCAAUGGUGGCAAUGGCGUCCAAAAGAGAUGGAACUGAAGGCAGAGUGGAUUGAGAUGCGAGCGCACUACAACAAGCAGAAGAGAACGGGCGGGAGAAGCAGGAGAGUCAUGCUCUACGUCCACGGCGGCGCAUACUUCUUCGGCAGUGUUGACGAACAUCGGUAUCAGAUGCAACGGCAUGCCAGAAAACUCCAAGCUCGAGUGUUUGCCCCAAGAUACCGAUUGGCGCCCCAGUUCCCGUUUCCUUGCGGGUUGCAAGACUGCCUCGCUGCAUAUCUCUACCUCCUCAGCCUCCAUGAGCCUGCCGAGAUCAUUUUCGCCGGGGAUUCGGCCGGUGGAGGUAUGGUGGUCUCGCUGUUGUGCUUGCUGCGGGACCAGAGCCUCCCAUUACCUGCUGGGGCGAUUCUCAUCUCGCCUUGGGUUGACAUGACGCAUUCAUUCCCCAGUCUGGUUGGUAGCGCCGAGCUAGACUAUAUUCCUCCUCAUGGGUUCAUGCACAAACCAUCGAUGUCAUGGCCACCUCCCAAUGACCAUGAACUUUCAGUCAUCACUGCUCUGGCAAAAGGUCAUGAUGUUGAUGUUGACCUUGAUAAAGUUGCGGUCUCUGCAGAACUACAUGCUGGCUUCUCGGAGUGCAAACUUUCAGAUCUCCCAGAAUCCAAUAAAGAAGAUUUGGGUCCGGCCCGGAAGAUUGCAGUGCCCACGAGGGAUGGUGGAGAGGUGCAACCGGCAUCGCAGCAUUAUUUGUCGGUUGAGCUCGACGGAAAACGUAUCACCCUCAAGGACCAGAUUCAGAUGUACACCACAAAUCAGCUCCUGGCGCAUCCCUUGGUGUCCCCGGUAUUGCAACCGUCACUUGGUGGCCUUCCUCCUGUGCUAAUACUGACCGGUGGUGGCGAGCUUCUCCGUGACGAACAAAUCUAUCUGGCACACAAAAUGGCCAACCCGUCUGCAUACCCAUUGGGCUCGGCAUACCGCUCAACCUACGAUCCGGAUGAUACCAUUCUCAGAAAGUACAGGCCGACGCCCGUCCAAUUACAAGUCUACGAAGACCUAUGUCAUGUUGCUACGACACUGUCUUUUACACGGCCCGCCAAGUUCAUGUACAGAUCGAUAGCGCAGUUUGGGGCUUGGGCUCUGGCCAGAGCCCAAAGAAGGUCUAUCGAGAUUAUGAAUGAUGACAACAUCUCGAUCAUUUCCUCUGAGUCGGAUUCAGAUUCUGCAACAAAAGAUGAGACAGGAUCCGCCAGUGACAUUUCAGCAAAGUUAAAGGUAGACCCGACGAGAGUCACCGGUAGUGUCGGUCGAGCCGGUGAUGCCUUACCCCGUUUUGUUGGUAACAUGAUUCGUCAAGGUGUUGACCGUCAUGGGAGAACCUACCCUCUUGCUGAUGCUCACCAGCUGCCCGCUCUUCAAUUAGCCCCGGAUGAUGUGGGGGUUGUCAAGCCAGGACCAGUGCGCAAUUGGCUCGAGGCAAGAAAGAGAUGGGACAGGAAGUACGCGAGUGCGAGUAGCAGAGUACGCAAAGAGCGGAUUAGGACUCUGGCCAGCGGAGAAAUAAGAGGGUUUGAGAAGGGGGAGAGUCCCCCGCCAAGUGCUCUCGCGUCUCGACGCACUGGAAAAGAUCUUCUGGUAAGGAAGACGAGGAAGAGCUUUGGUCUGGCGAUGUGGAGCAGCUGGGGAAGUAGACAUGAUGAGUCUACGUUGAGAAGAGAGGAAGAGGCUGUGCGGGUGGAAAAGUCAGAAGGGGGAGACCAGGAUACUGGGGAAGUGGACCAAACCGAAGCUCAGGCUCUUGCGGACGGACAAGUCGAGAUCGCCCCCGUUCCAGACAGACUGAGUCCAUCACAAAGUCGAGAGCCGAGCACCUUGCGGAAAAGAAGUUCAAGCAGGAAACGACGAACAAGUGAAUCCAGAGUUCGAGGCAGAAGACAAACUGUCUCUGUAACAGAUACAGGACAAGCUGAGGACGAUGAUAUGGCGCCUCUUCUUGUCAGCCCACAGGCGGUGUCCGUGCCGGAGCCAGCAUACGGGCACUCACCCACAACACCAACCAGCCCGUUACCACAGGACCCUCGACCUAAUUCGCCUGAUCCAGGACUGCUUUCGGCAGGCUUUAUACCCAAGUUCAAAACUGCAUUCCACCGUCGUAACGAGUCGAGUGGGCCUCUCCUCUCAGAUACGGCGAGCAACAUGACCAGUCGCAGCGGACUUGCUGCCGACGACGCAAGUACACGGGCCGUCUUCGCUUCACCCGGGGUGUCGAAGAACGUAGAUGGAGCCCACGAUGGGGAGGAAGGGAAACCACCGAACUCGACGAACCUAGCAACGAGCAGGCCUGGAAGCCCCUUGAUGAACGAAACAAAGAGUUUCAGCUCCGAGCGCGAAAAGUCUGAUGAAGAAACAGUGGACGUGGCUAUCGUUUCGGCGGGCUCCCCUUCCAAAGAAGGCGGUGCACAACACUAUGGUCCAGCUGUAGCUUCCAGUUCGGCCCCUGCAAUGGGCGGCACCGACACGCCGCGGAGCCAGCGGAGCCUCGAACGCUUGCAGAGUCAUCAGCAUGACGAGGGAAUGGGCCGGAUGCAACCUUUGCGCAGUCUAAGUUCCACUGCCGUGGUGAGGGCUGACGGCGUCGUGGGCAUUGUUGAUGAUCCUACUGGGGUCGAAGCACAUGGUGAUUCCACCGGAGCAACGACAGCGACAGCGACAGCGACGACAGAGAAGGGCCCAACCACAGGCAUAUUGAACGUUGUCGGUGUCGGCGGCGACAGGGGCGAUGCGAAAGAGAAAGAGAAAGAGAACUCUAGCCAUGCGCUCACCGAUACAAGUACAGCGAGGCCGCAACUGUACGACCGGGCCGAGACGACGUUUCAGACAGCCAUGGAACGAGUGUCUUAA